AUGGCGGUCGGGCCUACUCUCGGAACUGGGUUGUUUAUUGGUUCUGGGCAAGCCCUCGCUGUCGGCGGCCCUGCCUCGUUGCUCUGCUCUUAUGUAUUCAUAUCAGUUUUGAUAUAUUGUUUAACCACAGCGACCGCCGAGAUUGCAGCUCAUAUGCCCGCCCACAAUGGCACGAUGCUGAGUCACACGUAUCGCUUCGCUUCGACGCAUUUGGGAUUUUCCCUCGGGUACCUUCGCUGGUACUCUAUGGCUCUACUGGUUCCUUUCGAGAUCACCAAUGCGAUGGCCGCCUUGAGUUUGUGGGAACCUGGUGCUCUGGUCGCAGUACGGGUUGGCAUCGUCGCAGCGAUAAUCCUCGGUUUCAAUAUGCUCCCAGAAACUAUAUUCAAGCGAAUGGAAACUUUUUUCACCGGAGUCAAAUUAGUGACAGCGAUUGGGCUUAUCCUUCUUUCGACUAUCUUGGCAGCCCGAGGUAUCCCUGGCACUCCAGUGAGAGGGUUUUAUUACUGGCGUCAUCCCGGUGCCAUGAAUCAAUAUCUUACCCCCGGGCACCUAGGACGGUUUUUAGGUUUAGUGCAGUGUGUUCUGUAUAGCACAAUUUCGUUCAUCUUCAGUCCGGAAUUGACCGUCGUGCGAGCUGAAAAGGCAGAUGGUGAGACAGGAUCCAGCGUCCUGAAGGUGGCACAAAUUGACAACAUACACCUCUGUGCGCUCUAUAUCCUCAGUGCAUUGGCCAUGGGUGUAGUGAGUCCCUCGGACGAGCCCUUGCUAACGAAUUAUGGAACUGGCGCCGGAUUGUCACCCUAUGUUGUGGGCAUAAGAAGAGCACGAAUUCCUGUACUGCCUGUCUUUGCAACCACGUUGAUAUUUCUCUCAUCCAUGGCCUCCGCACGUUCGUUCCUCUUCGUCUCGUCGCGCACUCUAUGCUCACUAGCCGAAGCUGGGCAUGCUCCCGCGCUAUUCAAGGAUCGCAACAGAUGGGGUGUCCCAUAUGUAUCAGUAAUUGUGUCAUCGUUUUUCACGGGCCUUGCAUACUUAUGCUUGAGAUUGUCCGUAUCUGUCGUCUUCAAUUUCCUAAUGUAUUUCAUUACAACCUCCGGAUAUAUCUCUUGGCUGUGUUCAUGCAUUCUCUACCUCCGUUUCCGACGGACGACCAAAGCACAGGGGUUUGUGCGCGUGCAUCAAACAUUCGUUCAGCCAUACGGCGCGUACUUUGCUAUUCUCGUCUGUACUGUGUUGUUCCUUGCCAACUUACUCAUGACCGUGAUCCCAUCCAAAGAUGCCCUCCGGGACCCCAUUGCUGUGUAUCUGGGAAUCCUCACAUUUCUUCUGCUGUAUAUCGGACAUUCGGCAAAAUACCCCUUUUCACGGAUUGCCGAUAGCGAGGCAGGCGAGCAGUGCAGUGAGACGAUCGAAAUCCCGCACCCCCGAGUACCACCACUUUGA